ACCUACUUCCUCCUCCCCCUGCAGGGUUUUCCUCACUCCUGGGAGACAUGCAGCCUUCUAACAACUACUACAUGUACCAGCAGCCACCACCUCAGCAGCAGCAGCAGCCGCAGCAGCAGCAACAGCAACAGCAGCCGCAGCCGCCGCCACCCCAGCAGUCACAGCCACAGCAGCCCCAGGCACCCACUCAGGGCCCCUCCGCUGUAGGGGGUGCCCCUCCACUGCACACCCCAAGCCCUGAUGGUUGUACGACACCAGGGGGAAAACAGGCUGGAGCCGAAGGCUACGGACCCCCCGGUGUGAUGGCCAUGCAUCCUCCCCCACUGCAGCACGGAGGCUACCACCCUCAUCAGCACCAUGCCCACCCCCACCCUGCCCAGCAGCCACCGCAGCAGCAGCAAGCGCAGAGCCAGGCGCCCAUCAACAGCUCUGGCUUUGGUGAGCACGGAGGGGACAGAGAAAGCUGGGAGGAGGCCUUUCCUCCAGACUGGUGCUCCAGUAUCGACUCCUUAAAGGAAAGCUUCAAAAUGGUGAACCGGCUCAACUGGUCGAGCAUCGAGCAGUCCCAGUUCUCAGAGCUGAUGGAGAGUCUACGGCAGGCCGAACAGAAGAACUGGACCCUCGACCAGCAUCACAUCGCCAACCUGUGUGACUCCCUCAACCACUUCCUCACCCAGACUGGUCACAUGCCCCCGCAAGGGGGCUCCCACCGACCACCUGCCCCUGCCCGCAUCACUGACUCCUGUGCUCUCACCAGUGGCAAAGCGGAGCCAUCCAUGAACCAAGUGAACUCUUAUGGGCAUCCACAAGCCUCCCAUCUCUACCCUGGCCCAGCACCUAUGUACCCAAUCUCCACCCAGGACACAACAGGAUACAGUCGCCCAGCACACCACAUGGUUCCGCGGCCGCCCGUCCCACCUCCUGGUGCCACUGAGGAGAUUGCUGACGACUUCGACUGGGACUUGAUCACUUAGUGAGUCAGAGUGGACGUCAGCCCAAGGCCUGGUGGUGGAUUCUCGCCGUGGCGGAAGAACGGUCCCCACCCAUCCUCCCCAAACCUGUAUAUAGAUAUAUAGCUUCUGUCUGUUCUCUCUGUCAGAGGAGCCACCGCGAGAUGCUGCCGAAGAUAACCCCUUUCCUUCCUCAUUCUCUGGUUCCCUCCUAGUUCUUUUAUUAUUAUUCUAAUUAUAUUAUUGUUAUUAUUGGUUAUAUACUGCCCAGUCUACUGCCCCUCACCAUGGGCUAUGCCCUCCUCUUUCCUAUUUGAAAUCUUCAAGAUGCAAGAUGAGGCUGUGGUAGCUAUAGAGAAAGGUUUCGAAUUUGAGUUCAGCUUUCUCUCUGAGAAACUCAAUGCUGCUUCCACCUUUCAGCUCUAAAUUGUGUUCUGUUCCUGUCUGUUUCAGGCUGGCCUGGAUAGGCCUCAGCGAGUGGAGGGGUCUAAGACACUGCUUAGCAGCCAUGACUUUGCAGGUUUUACUCAAUGGUGCUAAUUGUGUCCUGAACUCUUCCUUUAUGUACCCAGUCUUUACUUUUUCUGGCAGUCCUCAUUCCCCAUAAAGGGUGGACUGGGACAGCUGAGUUGAGUAGAAAGUCAUGGAGAAGUGACGGGGUGUAAAUCUGCAUGAGGUUGGGUGUGCACUGCCUUGUCAGGGCAUCCCCGGCUUCCUCCUGCCAUGUCAGGGCAUCCCCGGCUUCCUCCUGCCAUGUCAGGGCAUCCCUGGCUUCCUCCUGUCAUGUCAGGGCAUCCCUGGCUUCCUCCUGCCAUGUCAGGGCAUCCCUGGCUUCCUCCUGCCAUGUCAAGACAUCCCUGGCUUCCUCCUGCCAUGUCAGGGCAUCCUUGGCUUCCUCCUGCCAUGUCAAGACAUCCCUGGCUUCCUCCUGCCAUGUCAAGACAUCCCUGGCUUCCUCCUGCCAUGUUAAGACAUCCCUGGCUUCCUCCUGCCAUGUCAAGACAUCCCUGGCUUCCUCCUGCCAUGUCAAGACAUCCCUGGCUUCCUCCUGCCAUGUCAGGGCAUCCCUGGCUUCCUCCUGCCAUGUCAAGGCAUCUCUGGCUUCCUCCUGCCAUGUCAGGGCAUCUCUGGCUUCCUCCUGUCAUGUCAGGGCAUCCCUGGCUUCCUCCUGCCAUGUCAGGGCAUCCCUGGCUUCCUCCUGCCAUGUCAGGGCAUCCCUGGCUUCCUCCUGCCAUGUCAGGGCAUCCCUGGCUUCCUCCUGCCAUGUCAGGGCAUCCCUGGCUUCCUCCUGCCAUGUCAGGGCAUCCCUGGCUUCUUCCUGCCAUGUCAGGGCAUCCCCGGCUUCCUCCUGCCUUGUCAGGGCAUCCCUGGCUUCCUCCUGCCAUGUCAGGGCAUCCCUGGCUUCCUCCUUCCAUGUCAAGGCAUCCCUGCUUCCUCCUAGCUAAUACUCUCAGGUUAGCUUGUAUGGGAGGGCAUGAGGACCACUGUUCAUCAUAGGUUCAGCCUCUUGGAAACACUUUCAAUUUAAAGCAUUUGGCUUUGAGAAAAGUUCUUUCUGAGAAUUAACUGUGGCCAUUACUGCAUAUGUAAAUUGUCUUCCAUCUUCUUUUCCCCUUCAGCAAAUACGAUUUUGUCUUCCUGUAGCUGUUUGUCCAAAUCAUCCCCCUGUCUUACUUUCUUCUCCCAUUUUCUGGCAUUCUCAAAUGACAAGAGGAAGCCAUUCUCACUCCGAGUUUUUUCAUGUCCUCGACAUGCUGCGAAAGCCUCUUUCCUUGUCAUAGCAGACUCUGCCCGUAGUCUUGCUGAUAGGAGGGUGGGGAGAAGGAAGGGGAUUGGCGUAGAUACGGGCAGGGAAUGUGCCGUUUGUUUAAUUACGCAGGGAGCGCUUCUCUUGAAAUCCCUGUCAGUGGGACUGAAGCUUUUGAUUUUGACAGGCAAUGAAAAUCAUAGGAGGGAAGUUAAUAUGGAGACAGGAUGCAGUAAAGGCAAGGGGCACUCCCAGGCGUGGGGAUGAGUAACCUCCUUUAACAGCAAGUGGCCAUGACUUACUGCUGCAGAGUUCUUAGUGAGUGUGUUUGUUGAAUUUGGCUUAUGAGAGGGAAGACCAAGUUUACUUCCAUUUUUCUGAAAUGGACAAAAUACAUAGUUUAGACAAGGCCAAUCUCUUUGUGCUUUCUGAUUUUUGUUCGUUUUCUUUUCUUCACCCAUGAUUUCCAAGAUACUGGGCUUCCCAUCCCGAUUUCCCCCUCAUCAACCCCUUUCCUUUCUUCAGAAGGGGGUUAAUGUAUGAGAUUGGUGAGGUCCAGUGAGGCUAGGUGAAGGGGCAAGACAGGGCAGUUCACUAAAGAGCACUUUAUUUCUUUUGAAGCCUUUGUAAGGAAAAACGAGGGGGGUGGGGUAUAAGAAAAAACAAAUGCCCUACAACACAGUGGAAGAUGGUACUGGAGAGCAUUUGGUGGGGUUGAAG